AUGUCCGUAUCGUCUUCUUUAAAUAAUCAGUUGUCUGAUCAAAUUGUCUAUGUCAGUGAUGGCAGUGAUCCGCAAUGGAGUCCUGAUACCAAUACUCAGAACCCACAACCUUCGGCUGUACAAUGGCCAGGUGUACCGUAUGACAACAAUCCUAUUAACGGUACUGGAGCUUAUAAUGGAAACUUAACUGACAUUCAAAACCCUGCUUUAUUCAACAUGCAAAAUCCGCAAAGAAACUAUACCGAUCUAUCGUAUCGGAGAGACUGUCAUGUAGGCAACGGAUUCUAUGCAAAUGGAAGUGGUCCUAGUACACAAAAUACUAAUUAUAAUACGAUUAACACGUUAAGAAAUGGCCAAACUGUCGCAAAUAACUACCAACAGGCCUCUCGCUCCAAUUGGACACCUAACAAAGUGACCAAUGGUGGUGUGAAAAAACCAAAACGCAUUCGUACAGCUUUUACAACCCAACAAAUGAUGGAGCUGGAACUCGAGUACGCAAGAACAAGGUAUUUGGAUCGUAACCGGCGAAUUGAACUAUCUGAUUUAUUACACCUGAGUGAGAAAACUAUCAAAGUCUGGUUCCAAAACCGGCGUAUGAAAGAUAAGAAAGACAGGGCGGAAGGACUUGAAGAAUCUGAAGCUACAAGUACUACAGAAUCAUCACCUGAAAUUAAUAUACCGGCUCAGUAUAGUUACCAACCCACGCAGCAUGAGCUCUUUAACCAAGGAAAUAUGUAUAUGGAAAAUUCGGUCCCAUUGCCGACCCUUGACACAAGUGCGAUGCCUGUACCUGUUGAAACUGUGAUUAAUUACCCAACCUACAAUUUUAUGUCUAAUAUAACCGAGCCUACAUACAGCCCUUCAAUAGAGCCUCAGUUUCAAAAUGUUAACCUAAUGCAAAUAGAGAAUACUAUGACGACAGCGUUGCUUAAAGUCCAGAAAGAAAAGCAUGGGGAUAACAUAACUUCGUUAUUAUUAAAUGAUAAGGCCGGGCAAGGUAAUAUGAAUCCGGAACAAUUUACAGGCCAAGAAGACACAAUAAUGCAUGACGAGUCAUGUAAAGAUACGUCUUCUCCUGAGCAAGGUGAUGAUAGGACAGAAAAAUCAAGCAUAUCUGGAGAAAACUGGGAGUUGUCGUGGAUUCGCAUAAUGGAUUUGGUGGACGAAGUGUAA